AUGAUGAAGAACAUAUUCGCUUCGCUCGCCUUGUUCGCUUAUUUCUAUGUCCGCCCGACCUUGGCUGCGACGUACGGCUUGACCGACAGCUGGACGGGUUCGGCCUUCUUCAGCGAAUUCACCUGGGAGAAUAUCCCCGAUCCUACCAACGGACGAGUAAAUUACCUCGAUCAAGCCACUUCGCGCUCCCUCGGCCUCGCAACUGUGGACGGCGAAGAUCUCAUUCUGCGUUCCGACCAUACGACCGUCCUGACUCCUGGCGGACCUGGCCGUAACUCCUUUAGGAUCAGGUCCAACAAAGUCUUCACUACCCAUGUCGCGGUGUUCAACAUCAAGCAUAUGCCUCAAGGCUGCGGUACAUGGCCUGCGGUUUGGGAAGUAACGAAGAACACAUGGCCCGAUGGGGGCGAGAUCGACAUCUUAGAAGGUGUAAACGAUCAAGGCCCCAAUGUCGUAUCCUUGCACACUAGCCCCGGCUGCACGAUGCCUGCGAAUCGCGUCGAGCUUGGGGAAGAUGCCACGUUUGACUGCAACAUCUUCGCCAAUAGCAACUCAGGUUGCGGAACUAGAGUCACAGAUCCUCGCGGCUACGGCCCAGAAUUCAAUGCCAACGGUGGGGGAUGGUAUGCCAUCGAAAGAACGCCGGCUUUCAUCAAAGUGUGGUUCUGGUCGAACAGCGACCUCGUUCCUAACGAUGUACGCAACUCGGGUAUCACUGUGAACACUGAUGGCUGGGGAACACCAUGGGCGUUCUUCCCCAACACCCAAUGCAACCUUGAGGAGCACUUUGAUGAACAUUUCAUCGUGGUCAAUCUCACAUUCUGCGGCGAUUUCGCGGGUGCGGUAUACCCUUUCUCGGGCUGCCCGUCCACCUGUAAUGAUUUCGUCGAAAACAAUCCUAAUGCGUUCAACGAGGCCUUCUUCACUCUUGGAGGGAUCAGAGUAUUCGGAACGCAGUAG